AUGAGCAUGAGUGGUGAGGUUCCUACCUUUGAUGCCUUCAAGUGUGCACGCCACUCAGUGUGGCGGAGCGCAUGGAGAAUCCUUCCAGGCCUUCAUUUGCAGGCGCUAGCGGCAGAAGAUGUUGAACUCCUUGUAAGGAUUGACAUUGUUGCCCAGUAUGUUGAGAGGUGGGAGCCACCUCCCAAUGUCUUGAACAUUGGGCAACACUGGAGAAUGGUCCACACUGCUGGACAGGAGCUUUGCGAAAGGGGUGCCGAUGGCAGGGGCAUUUCAAUGCAGGUGUUACAGUUGCUUGAUGAGAUCGAGGCUGGCGAGGAGGAAGACAUUAUCAAUAUGUGGGCCUACAUUGCCAGAUCAGCCAGUUUUGGGGAGCAGGAGGGCUCUCUGCCACUUUAA